GUUAUUCGUUACCAAAUUUUCACGUUUUUUCUACUUUAUACUGUAGAAUUUGAACUUAAAAACAUUAUAAUAAUGGCUAAAAUACAAACUAAAAUACUCCGCAACUCUGAUUUGGCCGUCGAUCAUUCUCUCUCCAGAUAUUUCAGAAAAAGACAAUAUAGAUAUUUAAUUAUCCUGAUUAAACUUAUUUCACAAAAUUACUAAUUCAUAUGUUGAAUUUGUAGUAGCUCAAUAAUCCCGGGAAAUAAUUAGUUGUCGAUUGCAAUUAUGGCGUUUCCAUGGAUUUUAUCGAACAGCUUAGCAUUAUCUUCCUCAUCAACUUGCAAUUUUCUUCCAUGGACUCUGCCCAAAUUCCAAUUCCAUCCUUCCACACGGAGCGUGAAUUGCCGCUGUAAAUGUGGAUUAUCCGCUGAAGAUGAUUUGAAAUUUGUGCUUCAUGAUGCGCUUGAUUUUUCCGGCAUCGACACGUCCCACGCGAGGGCUGCAAGGGUAGGUUUUUGCGCGCAGAUAAAAAAUUUCUCUGACCUUGAGAGAGGAACAAGUAUCACUAUAAAUAGAGGGGUUGAUUUAGCCAGAGCUGCUCUUCAAAUUGCAGCUGAAGAUGACUCCCUUAUCUCGCACUCUUCUGUUCCACUUCCAGUUGAUGAUUUCAUUGAGAGAUUGGAUACCCUUUCUAUGGGCUAUUGCUCUCAAUACAGCUCCUCAUUUAGAUCCUCACCGGAGAAUUUUCUUGACUGUUUAGAAAGAUACCUCUACCUCAACAAAGGUUUUCGAAGAACAAGUACAAGAAACCAUGUUGAGCACCGCGCCCUAUAUCUCAAUUCAGUCUUAACACAUCGUUCUGGCUCUGUUACCAUGCUCUCCCUUAUAUACUCAGAGAUCCUAAAGAUGCUUCGCAUGUGGGGAGUCCUGAAUUUUGAUGUGGAAAUCUUCUUUCCUCAUGAUUCACAUAGUUCUCCAAGAGGAUAUCUAAAACAAAAGAGCAAAGAAUCUGACCAGUCACAUAUUAUGACAUCACAAUCUUUAUUGGUGGAGAUAUUGAAAGAUUUAAAAAAUGCUUUCUGGCCAUUUCAACUUGAUCAUGCUAGGAGUCCAUUUAUUAGGGCCGCUGAAGCUGCUCAUUGCGUCACUGGUGCCAACAAUGCUAACGAAAGUGCCUCACAGCUUGCCUCUGCCAAGGCUGGCCGCCAUCGGCUGCAACGAGGUGUUUGGACUAGUGUUCAUUUUGGAGAUAUGCGUCGUGCAUUAUCAGCGUGUGAACGCCUUAUUUUACUCAAGCAUGAUCCUAAGGAGCUAAGAGACUAUGGUGUUCUCCUCUACCAUUGUGGAUAUUACGAGGAAGCGCUGCAGUUCCUUAAGCAUUACCGGGACACUGAGCAAUCUGGUUUGAUCGACAAUGUCGAGGAAGACGCUGUGGAGAAACUAGUAGUACGACUGAACCUGAUCUUGAUGGAGGUUGGUUGGUCUAGACAGCCGAAGCACAGAAAUAUCCUUUUCAACAACUCUGAACCAUGGUGAUAUUCAGGAUAUCAGGUACAAUUUCAUGUAGUAAAUGUUGUGCUAAGAUAAUGUAUACAUAUAUGAUAUAUGUACCCUUGUAUUUGUAUAGCUGAUGAGUUAAUAUAUAUAGAAAAGGGUUCAAAUGAGACCCCUUCUUAUUGUAGAAUUGUGAUAGCUACAAUAAUUUAUUUUAUACAGUGCAAUCAAUUAUACCCGUUGUGUAAUAAAUUAACUUCGUGUUGUA